AAAAAAUGGGCUAUGAAAACCCCCACCACUAGUCCACCUCUAAAUCACAAAUUGCGCAACUAAACCCCACAAGUCUAGAGAGAGAGAGUGUGAGAGUAGAGAGUUCUAAAACAGAGAGAAAAAUGGCGAGAUUCACGGUGAUGAUUUUGGCGGUGGUGCUAGCUUUUCUAGUGGCAAUGCCUGUGCCGGGAGUGACGGCCAAGAAGUAUACAGUCGGUGACAACAAGUUCUGGAAUCCAAACAUUAACUAUACCAUAUGGGCUCAGGGAAAACAUUUCUACCUCGGAGACUGGCUCUAUUUCGUGUACGACAGAAACCAACACAACAUUCUUGAAGUAAACAAGACCGACUACGAAAACUGUAACGCCGAGCAUCCUAUCCGAAACUAUACGCGUGGAGCUGGGAGAGACAUUGUCCCUCUCAACGUGACCAAACAUUACUAUCUCCUCGACGGUAAGGGUGGAUGUUACGGAGGCAUGAAGCUCGCUGUUAAAGUCGAGAAGCUUCCUCCUCCACCAAAAGCCGCACCUGUCAAGAGCAUUGGAUCAGUCUCCAUGGUCACAAGUCUCGUUCAGUUCAUUAUUCCAUUUGCCCUGUUAAGGAUGACGUGGUAGUUAAUUAGUCACCAAUCUUAUUUGAAAAACUUCCAAAAUUAUUUUAAGUUAGAAAGUCCAAUCAGUUCAGUUUUUCUUUAUAUUUGUAAUGUUUGUUUUGUUUGUGUUUUUGAAUCAAUUGUCUAAAAAGGAUGUACUUCGAUUUAUUAUUUGCUGAAAUUUAAUUGUUGAAUGAAUGUAUCUGGAUCAUGUGUGAAUGAAAUUAU